ACAUGCAUUGGUGAACAAUCGGCUCUUGAGAUGAUUAUGGUAAAUGGAAACUUUUUAUGUUGAGAAUAGAAUACGACAGUUUUGAUGGACCAGAUAUGGAAAAACGUAAAUGGUGAGAAAAUUAGAUGAAUGUGUUUCAUGGACGAGCAAACAGUAAAUCUUGCAAAAUUAUGGGAAUGCACUUAACCAAAGCCUAUCGUCAUCACACUUCUGCUCAACCGCCACGAGCCAACGAAAACGGUGAUGUCAAGCCGCAACAAACACUCUUGGUUCACAACAAGGCCCGAGCCAUGGUUGGAGUUGGACCAAUGGUGUGGAACGAAACUCUUGCAACGUACGCACAAAACUACGCACAGGAACGAGCCAGAGACUGUGCCAUGGAGCAUUCCUCGGGACCAUUCGGCGAGAAUCUAGCCGCGGGUUGGGGAACAAUGAGCGGUCCGGUUGCUACUGAGUAUUGGAUGACGGAGAAGGAACAUUACGAUUACUACAGCAACACGUGUGGUGGUGAAGAUGGAGUUUGUGGACACUACACUCAGAUCGUGUGGCGUGACUCGGUUCGACUUGGUUGUGGAUCGGUGAGAUGUAAGAAUGAUGAGUAUAUUUGGGUGAUUUGUAGCUAUGACCCUCCGGGGAAUUACAUCGGUCAGCGUCCGUAUUAAUAUGGCCAUGUGGUUUAAAGAACAUUUUAUUACUAGCUACUACUUUAUG